UAAUUUUUGACUUUUUGAGGGAAGGUAAAAGCGUAAGUUUUGAAAAUUAUGAUGGGCAAUUUUGGAAUGUAAAUAUCAGGAGAUAAAUUAAAAAAGAAUUGUAAAAAUCAAUUCAUUUCCAAUUUUCUCGCAAAGGAAGACAUGGUCACAGCAACUCAUCUCGUCCACUCUCUCCCGCCAAUUGCGUCGCUCUCGACCGCUAUAGUUCCGGCGUACAAUAACGGCGCCGGCGCGCGAACCCAGACGCCAUUUUUACGAAUAGCGUGCGCUUCGAGGAGGAGCCAAGAUGACGACUACCACGCCACUCUCAAAGCGCUCAACUCCAAGGGCCGCUUCCCUAGAAAAUCCCUCGGCCAGCAUUACAUGUUGAAUUCUGAGAUUAACGAGCAACUGACACGUGCGGCCAAUGUAGAAGAAGGUGACGUGGUCUUAGAAAUCGGACCGGGAACUGGUUCUUUAACCAAUGUCCUUAUAAGAUCCGGCGCCACCGUUCUCGCAAUUGAAAAGGAUCCUCACAUGGUGGACCUUGUAAGAGAAAGAUUUGAAAGCACGGACAGGUUCAAGGUUUUGCAAGAGGAUUUUGUCAAAUGUCACAUUCGUUCUCAUAUGUUGCCAAUGUUGGAAAAUAGAAAGGGUUUGAAUACGAGCUCGGCUCGGGCCAAAGUAGUUUCUAACAUACCCUUUAACAUAAGUACAGAUGUAGUUAAACAACUUCUUCCUAUCGGUGAUAUUUUCUCCGAAGUUGUUCUCUUGCUCCAGGAGGAAACAGCUGUGCGAUUGGUGGAAUCGUCUUUGCGGACGUCUGAGUACCGACCCAUCAACAUCUUUGUUAAUUUUUAUUCAGAGCCUGAAUACAAGUUUAAGGUCCCAAGAACAAAUUUCUUUCCUCAACCUAAUGUUGAUGCAGCUGUUGUUACAUUUAAGCUGAAGCAAGCUCCAGACUAUCCUUCAGUGGCCUCCAUGAAAAGCUUUUUCUCAAUGGUCAAUUCGGCAUUCAAUGGAAAACGUAAGAUGUUGAGGAGAUCACUCCAGCACAUAUGCCCAUCUAAUGAGAUUGAAAGAGCUCUUGGAGAUGCUGGCCUUCCAACAACAUCAAGACCAGAGGAGCUUACCUUAGAUGAUUUUGUGAAGCUGCAUAAUCUAAUUGUGAGAGUGUAGUGAGCCCAGUUCUUGGAUAUAUGGUUACCGCAAAUAUCCAUGGUUUCCUUUCUAGGAAGAGCUGGUUUUUGCUACCUUAUAAGCAAUGGGCAGAAGAUUCAGUCUCUUACACCAUAUGGUUGGACUUGCAGAAGAACAAUCACAAUCUAAGUUAGGAACUCAAUGGAGGACAGUACUGUAAAAGUCUCGUUGAUCUCCACAGUCCAUCUCAAAAGCAAUGCCUCAGUCACAGGAGGUAUCUCGAGGGUAAUGAAGGUUAUGACUUACCAGCAUUUAAUUUUGCCAUGUAUCUUUUUCCAAGUCCUGUUCGAACACCUCACCCAAUGCUUAUUUCAUAAUCUCAAUACAGGUCCAACUAUCAUAACAUAUUAAUGUAGAUGUCCUCGGAUUUUACCGGUCUACUUUAAUACCGACUGUACGGAGAACAUGUGCAUUAUAAGAGUUUGUACUCUUUGCUAUUGUAUAACUUAUGACAUCAAAUUGAGCACCCACAUUUUUUAGCAAUUGGGAAGUGUUUUUAUAUUUUAUUUUCUCAAUGUCAAGCAGACAGGAAAUCACUUAGAGAUAUUCACUGGAAGCAGAGGAAACAAAGAAGUGGAAGCAAGCAAACGCCAUGGAAGUGAAGCAAUCAGGGAUUCUCAUAGGGUUAUACAUUUAUACUCAUAUUUCAUGAAUAAACAGCAAUCCAUGCAUAAUUUUUUGCAAGAAAAUUACUGAGAUAGUGAGAUGAUCAUUGCAUAUUUAUAUUUGAUGAAGGGAAUGCAUAAACUUCAUAUAAGCUCUGUACAAGUUGAAAAAAAAAAAAUCUCAUUAAGAUGCAUCUUAUUUCCUCUUAAAUUUGAGAUUACAAAUAUGCUUUCAUCCUUCAUCCUCCCUACCCUUCCUUUCUUGCUAUUAACAAAUGGUAAAAGAAGACAGAACAAUGAA